AUGGAGCAAUUCAUAGGGAAAAUACUUGAUUUAGACACGGCUGUUGUGCAAAUGGAAGGAGCUAUAAAAGCGAACUAUAGUAAGCCCACAAAAACCAACAAUACAACUCUAUGGACCACAUUAGAUUUCAGAUUAAGAGAAGGCGAAAGCAAGAUAUCCGAACUCUUAUCUUUAUGGAAUAGUCAAAUAAAAUCAAUUGAAGACGAUUCGUUUUCUCAUCUCGUUGCCUUGACUGAACUAAAUUUAGGUUAUAACCAAAUUACCUCCAUCAGCAAAGAAUUGCUUUCUGGCCUUCGUAAUUUGACUUCAUUAAAAUUAUUGGAUAACAAAAUAAAAUCAAUUGAAGACGAUUCGUUUUCUCAUCUCGUUGCCUUGACUGAAUUGAUUUUAGGUUCUAACCAACUUACCUUCGUCAGCAAAGGAAUGUUUUCUGGCCUUCGUAAUUUGACUUUAUUAUCUUUAUGGAAUAACAAAAUAAAAUCAAUUGAGGACGAUUCGUUUUCUCAUCUCAUUGCCUUGACGAUAUUGAAUUUAGGUUAUAACCAACUUAACUUCAUCAGCAAAGGAAUGUUUUCUGGCCUUCGUAAUUUGACUUUAUUAACUUUAUGGAAUAGUCAAAUAAAAUCAAUUGAAGACGAUUCGUUCUCUCAUCUCGUUGCCUUGACGGAUCUGUACGUUUGUUAUUUUUAUUUAAAAUGUUGUGGAUUAUCUCACGAUGAACUUUCUUCCAUGAGCUAA